UUCUCCACACAACCACUUCAAAAGCUUUUAGCACUCAUAAACAUCACACACUUUCUCUUUCUUUUGCCACUACUCUGUCAUCUAGAGAUAUCUUCUAGUCCUCAUAAAACACAAGCUUCAAACAUGCAAGAAAAGUCGAGAACGAUGGUUGCUCGUAGAGCUUGGAAUGUUCUCCGCCUAUCCUUGUUAUGGGCCAGAAAAGGUGGCAUUUUCAAGAACAAGCACCUCGUGGAUCUCCGUUUGCUUCCUAAGUAUAUUAAAAGCCUCCGUCAUAACAAUGAUCACUACAGGACACUACAUUAUGGGGAGCGUGAGUUUUCCUUUGAUGACACCCCUAUCUUUCACGUUAAGAUGCAUCGCCCUGCUUCAUUGCGCUUCAAGAUGCCCAACAUUCCCUGCAUCAAACCUCAAGUCGACGUUGACUUUGACUUUGACAAUGACUAUGAGCGCGACGAUGAAAUGUACCCUGAUAAUAAUAAUGACGAUACUCCUAGGAAGAGCUUCUUGAGUACUGAUGGUGAAGAGGAUGAAUAUGUAAGCUGCGAGAUGUCUGAGGAGAUCAUUGCUAGUGCCGAUGAUGAAGCUAUUGAUAUGAAGGCAGAGGAGUUCAUUGCAAAGUUCUAUGAGCAAAUAAAGCUUCAAAGACAAUUAUCAUAUUUACAAUACCAUGAGAAGCUCGCUAAUUAAAGAUGCAAGUUAAUGGAGAAGAUAGCGCGCUGCAGACGAUUCUCAGUAACGACAAUCUACGAAUUCAUUCUUUCUUGUAUCCAAUUUCUGCACUUGUAGUAUUCUCUGUAUAGAUGGCCUUGCGGCAUUUUUGUAGAUAGAUGAGAUAUUCCAUUCCAAACUACAAAAUAAAAGGAUCAUACUUCUCUUUUCCAGAA